UAUUUGUGUUCUCCUUAAUUUAUGGUUGGGAUUGUUGUGAGGAUCUUUUUAUCAUGAGUUGAUGCUUUUAUUUUUCUUUGUUCAAAUCUUGAGAGUUUGAACGUUGCAUUCAGGGGAACAGACAGUGUAUGUGGGUCUGAGGUUUUUUACUGACGAAUCCAUGGCUUCCUUCAAAGCAUUUCUGAACAGUCCUGUUGGUCCCAAGACAACUCAUUUUUGGGGUCCUGUAGCUAACUGGGGAUUUGUCAUAGCAGGAGUGGUCGACAUGAAGAAACCUCCAGAAAUGAUAUCUGGCAACAUGACUGCAGCAAUGUGCGUAUAUUCUGCGUUAUUCAUGAGGUUUGCAUGGAUGGUUCAGCCUCGGAACUAUCUGCUACUCGCAUGCCAUGCCUCAAAUGAGUCUGUCCAACUCUAUCAAUUCUCCCGCUGGGCCAAGGGCCAAGGGUACUUGGGAGAGAAGAAACCUGAGGCCUCACCUCAGUGAACUGAUGCCGCUUUCCUGUUUUUUCUUACUUGAAAACAAGGUCCUUGUGCCGACUGAACCCACCAACCAGAAAACGAAACCAACACCCCAGCGCCCCUGCUAGCAAAAACUUUAGUUGUCGGUUCAUGUGAUUAAUCUUAAUUUCAGGUUGUCAAGACUUUUGUACUUGAUGUAACAUCAAAGUCCAAAUACAACUUAUUUCGUGUAGAUCAUCGGUUUUACGGUGCUCUGAUUGUGCCAGCCAGUUAUUGGAACAUAAUAAGACACUGUGAUUUAAGAAGACUUGGCCACCAAAAGCCAUGUGUGUUAAAACAUUGUUGAAGUUGCUCUGUAAAGGGUUUAUCAUGAAUUUUCUGCUUUUGAAUC